GAAACGUACUGCACUGUACAUUUAGUCGAACAGAACUGCAAGGCAGACCAUGUAUGUAUUAGUCUUCAUUGGACUGUUCUCUUUAGUGACAGGUGCCCCAGGGGAGAAGAGACAGGAUGAGCACUAUUUUAUGGAGAACAAAUGUUCGAUGUCAGACCGAGACGCUAGCUGCCCACACGGAUAUUGCUGCGCGUAUGACGAGUUUUUCCGCAUCAUCUACUAUUGCAAAAAAUUAGGAGCUGUGGGCGACUCCUGCUCAACCGUGGCCAGUGACGCUGACUGCCCCUGCGAAGAAGGCCUUACAUGCGUCCCCACUGUCCAAGGAAGUACUUUUGUUACUAUUUAUGGACACUGCCAGAAGCCUGCUGCAUCCACUAAUGCUGGAACAACGAAUAAUGGACACCACGAACCAAAACAUGGAUGACAUUUCUGAAAGAUCUGAGAUAAAUUCUUUGUAGCAAACAAAAAAUAGUUCCUUACCCCUUGCCUUUAAAUCUAGCACACCCAUAUGUUAGUAUAUAAAUUGAGAUUUCA